GCCAGUUUUGGAAGAUACUGCUGCUCCUUCUGUCCCCACUACCACAGAAAGCUCUGCCAAUGCUGUAACCACUCUCGAGCCACAUGUGCCCAGUUCUACAACUUCUCAGCAUGCUCCAGACAGGGAUUCAACUCGAACCAUCAUGCAAUCUACUGCUACAACUGUUACUCUAAACAUUCCACCUGCCCCUUUGCCCACCAGUGUUACAACGGCCCAGCCAACCACUUUGCCCACCAAUGCUACAACGGCCCAGCCAACCACUUUGCCCACCAAUGCUACAACGCCCAGCCAACCACUUUGCCCACCAAUGCUACAACGGCCCAGCCAACCACUUUGCCCACCAAUGCUACAACGGCCCAGCCAACCACUUUGCCCACCAAUGCUACAACGGCCCAGCCAACCACUUUGCCCACCAAUGCUACAACGGCCCAGCCAACCACUUUGCCCACCAAUGCUACAACGGCCCAGCCAACCCCUUCGCCCACCAAUGCUACAACGGCCCAGCCAACCCCUUCGCCCACCAAUGCUACAACGGCUCUGCCAACCCCUUCGCCCACCAAUGCUACAACAGCCACCACUCCAGGUCCUACGUCCCCGCCACAACCCACAGUUGGUGAUUAUGUUGUCCGGGCUGAGUGGAACUCCUCUGCGUGUUUAAUGGCAAAGAUGGGCUUGCAGUUUAGCUUCAAAAUGGGUGACCACUUUCAGACAGUAAAUCUAGACCCAAAUCCUAAUGUCACCAAAACCAGUGGAAUUUGUGGUAACGGUGGCUUUGCCACACUUGUGCUGAAAUCAGACAGCAUAACUGUCCAGUUCAUCUUUGCAAAUCAAACAAGCAAAUUCUUUUUGAGUGCCUUGAACUUGACUGUGACUGAUGGAAGCGGCACCACCUUCACUGAUCAAACUGGUAACUUAUCUCUAUGGGAGGCAUCAUUGGGGAGCUCAUACAUGUGCAAAAAGGAGCAGAGCUUCAACAUCUCAGACGCCCUAAUUCUGAAUACAUUUGAGCUACAAGUUCAGCCGUUUGAAGUCAUGAAUGACCAAUUCAGCACAGCCCAUGAAUGCUCAGUGGAUGACAGCAGCCUCUUAAUCCCAAUCAUUGUUGGCGCAGCUCUGGCUGUCUUGAUUCUCAUUGUAGUGAUUGCAUACGUGAUUGGUCGACGAAAGACCUAUGUUGGAUAUCAAACCCUGUAAUAAAAUCCUUGAAUCACAAAUAAUACUUAAUUCAGGUUCUCCUGAUGUGAUCCUGGCCAAUGCAACUGUUAACCAUUUCAUUUGCCUAGUGCUGCAAUGUCAAUGUUCUAUUGGUUAAGGUAAUUACUGAUUUGGCAGCUCUUUCAAUUCUGUGUAUCUGUUCCAGAAUCAUGGGCCCUGUUGUGUAUUUUAUCCCCUGUGGGUUUUGUUUUUGGCCCCAUCUUUCCCUUUCUGUAGUAUUAGAAGCAAGUGAAAUGCCUUAUUUCCUCCUCAACUUGAGCACUUAUGUUUUAUGACUAUUGAUUCAUUGCCCUUGUAUUAUAGGAGAUUGGUCAAUAUUCUGAUGGUGGGGCAGUUCUAUACUUCAAUAACUUAAUAUUGGAUGUUACACUUGCUUCUGCUGCAGUGAUUUAAGAAUAGGCAUAAUUAAAUUGUCAGACCUUGUUUUUGGGUGGAUUGGUGGGGAAAGAAUUGAUUGGUGUAGUGGGAGGUAAGUUGCACAAUAUACUUCCAAUGUCAUUACCUUUUCAAAGAAAUUGCUCUUCUGUCAGUUUUGGACUAAAGGCUUUGAAAAGGGUUGGCCAGCUUCAGUUCUCUGUAAAUAAAAGAACUAAACUGAGUGUCGAGGAAUAAUAAAAAUAAAUGCUGCCGAUUUCGCCUCUAAAUUGCCUUUGCUGUAGGAUCAAUUCUUAAUGUGUUGCUUUUACUGUUUUCCCAACCUAAAGUGCUGUACUAGCUCCACAAUUUGAUUAAAUGCUGAAUUGUUGCUUAGAUUAAAAGUCUUUUAUUGGAUUUACUCAAAAAAAAAAUACUAAUUGCAUGCUUUUUUUUUUUUUUUUUUGGACUAGCUGUGUGCACUUGUUUUUUUUUUUUUAAUGAGGAUUUGAAAAGUGUAACUUUCCAAAUUGUGGGAACAAUGGGGAAAAAAAAAAAGUGCAUGUAAUCUGUCCAUUUUGAGUGGCUUUCAUUUUGAGCCCUGAACUUUGGGUUGGAACAUUGAAAAGCAACACUGAUUGCAUGCUGGGGUACUUUGUCUUUCAUGGCAAAGGCAUAAGCACAGGUGAAUAGGUGUCAUUUUGAAUGCCUUGUUUGUUUAUAACCCAAAUGGCACAGCCUUUUAAAAUCUUGACUGCCUUCAUGUUGCUCAUUCCAUCUGCCAUCAUCUGCAUCAGAUUUCAUGUUGCUGAGAAUCGCUUGUACAUACCUUUUUUUCUUUCCCACCUGAUUGUUAAACUGCUGUUUGCUAAACGAAGUCUGAUCAGUGUGGUUUGGUCAAAGUCUGAUUCAUCCCUUGCUUAAUGAAGCGUGUGGUAGAGUUCAGAAGAUCUGUCAAAUUUCAAGCUGUCUUCGUUUUUGGCAAUGUGAUUUCAUAAAAAGGGAAUUCUGACUCAUUGUAUUAAAUAUUUAAUAAAUUCUGGCACCCUGUCAUUGAAAA